ACAGGAGAAAAACCCUAUAAAUGUAUGGAGUGUGGCAAAAGUUACACGCGGAGCUCACAUCUCGCCAGGCAUCAAAAGGUUCACGUACUCGGCACUUCUUACAAAUUCCCCCUAAACCAGAAGAAUUUGAAUGAGACCUCCCCUCUGGUCCCAGCUGAGAAAACACCUGUUGAGAAGCCCUAUCGAUGUGAUGAGUGUGGAAAGCACUUCCGCUGGACUUCAGAUCUUGUCAGGCAUCAUAGGACACAUACCGGAGAAAAACCGUUCUUUUGUACUAUUUGUGGCAAAAACUUCAGCCAGAAAUCCGUGCUAACAACACACCAAAGAAUCCAGCAUGGAGACAAGCCCUACAUGUGUGGAGAGUGUGGAGAGUACUUCAGCGACCACAGGCAGUACCUGACACACCGGAAGGCACAUGAUACUGAGCAGCUCUAUCUCUGUGGCCAGUGUGGGCGGAGCUUCAGCCACAGGGCUGCAUUUGCCAAGCACCUGAGAGGACACGCUGCAGUGAGGUCCUGCCAAUGCAAUGAAUGUGGGAAAAGCUUCAGUCGAAGGGACCACCUCGUCAGGCAUCAAAGAACACACACUGGCGAGAAACCAUUCACGUGCCCUGCCUGUGGGAAGAGCUUCAGCAGAGGCUAUCACUUAAUCAGGCAUCAGAGGACCCACUCAGGAACCACCUCCCAGCUGGGACCCCAUGAUAGGAGGUCUGCAUUCAGCCCUGACCCCGGGGUAGGCGAGAAGCCCUCUGGUCAUCCUGGGGAGACCUUUUCCAGGGAGUCUCCCUGACUUGCCUAGAUGGACAUAACCUUCCCACAGUUAGGUAAAUGCUCCUCUCAACUUCUCCUUAAGGAGCUGUUUUGCCCAAAGUACAACCU